AUGCGCGAGGGAAACGUGAUGUUGAAGCGAGCCGAGGAGCAGCCAUUCCCGGUUGAUCAUUGUGAUUUGUUCUCAGAGUACGAACGUCGGAGGUCGGAUUCGGAUGAAACUCCGUCCAUGAUUUCAUUCUCCGCUGACCCCGCGUGCGCGCUGUCUCUAUGGAAUAUAGAGAUAACGUCCUUCCCGCCUUGGUCUCUACUCUUCCUUUCACUGCGUCAAACAUUGCGGGCACCUUCGUUUUUCGUACAUUUAGUCGACUGGCAAUUGACCCUCCGGCCUACACCAGAAGGUGUCGCAUCAAGGGAGAGCUCAAAUCUACCCAACGCCUAUCUCACCCCGUCCAUAAGGCAGGCAGCUUUCCCCCGAAUAACCAAAAACUUGACCUCUCCACUCUCCGCCAAUUGA